CACACACACGACUCGUCUCUCUGUCUUUUCAUUAUCACUCAUCACCCAUUCCUAGAUAUUCCACAAUGCCUUCGAAUCAGAAUAUGCAAGGAGGAAAGGCGUUUGGAUUGCUUAAAGCUCAACAAAGGGAUCGGUUGGAAGAAAUAAACAAGGAGUUCAUGGAAGACCAGAAGUACAGGGAUGAGGACGAUUUGGCGGAGAAACUGGAUUCCUUUAAAAAUAAAUAUGCAGAGUUUGACCUCAAUGACCAAGGAGAGAUAGACAUGAUGGGUCUGAAGAGGAUGAUGGAGAAACUGGGGGUGCCAAAGACUCAUCUGGAGAUGAAGAAGAUGAUUUCUGAGGUGACCGGCGGCUCCAGCGACACCAUCAACUACAGAGACUUCGUUAAGAUGAUGCUGGGCAAGAGAUCUGCAGUGCUCAAACUGGUAAUGAUAUUUGAAGACAAGGCUAACGGUUCGGUCUGUAAGCCAGAUGGCCCGCCGCCUAAACGCGACAUUGCCAGUCUUCCUUAAACCACAGAGGGAGGAGCCACCUGCC